CUCUCUACUUCUCUGCUUUCUCACGCAUCCUCCAAAAAAAAGACUCCAAAUCAUCAAACCCCUCGUAUUUUGUCCUCUGUAAAAAACCCCCAAAAAUCCAAACUUCAACACACAAAAACUCUUCCCCCUCAGUCCUCUUUCACUCUCUCUCUCACUCACUUUUUCAAUUGUCAGGCGUAGAAGAACAACAACAACAACAACAAUAACAACAACUUCCCAUAACACCCUUUUCGUCUUUUUUCAUUUCAUUCUCUGAUUCAUUCUUUAGUUCAUUCACUCACACCUUCUGCUUUUCUGGGUUCCGUUUCGAUUCCCCUUUUUCUGUGAUGUUACUACUCGACUUUGGUCAUUCUUCUUUCUUGGACUCACCAAGUUUCCAUUUCGCUUUUGCAUCGUCUCUGCUUUUGCUUCUUACCUACGCUCAUUUCCGGAAUGGUCUCUUUCGCGUUUUGAUCUAAAUCUAACAGAUCUGACGCGUCGGUGAUGUCGGUGCCUGCGGCUUCCUUCACCGCAGGUUAUAAUGCAGGUAUAUUGGAACAGGUCUCUUUUCGAUUUCCAAAACAGUUGAUUUUAUUGUGGUUUGUGAUUACUGUAACCAAUGCCGAUGUUGCCAACGUACUACCAACACCUUUUUUUGCACCUGCUACUCGCGAUAUCCCUCUACCUGCGAAAUUGCCUCUUCACCAACAUCACCACCGAAAAUAUAUGUCACCACAGAGUGCGCCAGAAGCUGGACUAGCACCUUCAUCUCCUCCCUACUUUGGGAAUCUUAUCACUUCUGGUCACCCACCCACAAGUUCAAAUUUUUCCAAACCACUGAUGAAAAGUGGAUCAGCUCCUCCUGAUGAUAGGCUUGAAAACAUUGCUCCCAUACAAUCCACUGCUGGUGCUAUUCCCUCCGGCUUAGCUCAGCCACCACUUUCCCCUAUUGCAGCAGCAGACUGUUGCAAACCUGACAUGGUGCUAAAACGAGGAAGUGGUGAUGACUGCCAUUGUGUGUAUCCCAUAAAAAUUGAUCUCCUCCUCUUAAACAUAUCACAGAAUCCUAAUUGGAAACUUUUUCUUGAAGAGUUAGCUUCUGAACUUGGUUUACGAGUCUCUCAGAUUGAGCUGAUAAACUUUUAUGUACUUAGUUUAUCGAGGUUAAAUAUCUCAAUGGAUGUUACUCCCCACACUGGGAUCAGCUUUUCUGCAGCUGAUGCAUCUGCAAUAAACUCUUCACUUACAAUGCAUAAAGUUCGUCUGGACCCUACGCUGGUUGGCGAUUACAGUCUUCUCAACAUUACCUGGUUUAAGCCUCCACCUCCUUCUCAAGCUCCUAUAGCUUCUGCAUCACCUGUGGCAGCUCCAGCAUAUCAUUUUCCAGCCUCUACAUCACCGAAUUCUCCUAGUAAAGGACACCAUUCUAAUCUGACACUUCUUCUUGGCAUUGGCGCUGGUUUUUUGUUCAUUGCCAUUCUAUUUGUGUUGAUAAUUUGCUUAUGCACAUCUCAUUGUGGAAAGACUGAAGCACCUCCAUUAGUAACUGAAAAACCAAGGGUUGAGGACAAAGUGCCUGUUGCAGGAUCUUUCCCUCAUCCGUCAAGUAUGAGAUUUUUAACUUAUGAAGAGCUUAAAGAAGCAACUAAUAACUUUGAAGCAGCCAGUAUUCUGGGGGAGGGUGGAUUUGGCAGGGUUUUUAAGGGUGUCUUAAGUGACGGCACAGCUGUUGCAAUCAAGAGGCUUACAAGUGGAGGUCAACAAGGUGACAAGGAGUUUCUGGUUGAGGUCGAGAUGCUUAGCCGAUUGCAUCAUCGAAAUCUUGUUAAACUUGUUGGCUACUACAGUAAUCGUGACUCUUCACAAAAUCUGCUGUGCUAUGAACUUGUUGCAAAUGGAAGCUUGGAGGCCUGGCUCCACGGUCCUUUAGGUGUUAAUUGUCCUUUGGAUUGGGACACUAGGAUGAAGAUUGCAUUGGAUGCUGCCCGAGGGCUUGCUUACCUUCACGAAGACUCACAACCAUGUGUGAUACACAGAGACUUCAAGGCGUCAAAUAUAUUGCUUGAGAACAACUUCCAUGCCAAAGUUGCUGACUUUGGUCUUGCUAAACAAGCUCCGGAAGGCAGGGCUAAUUACCUUUCUACUCGUGUGAUGGGCACAUUUGGAUAUGUUGCCCCUGAGUAUGCAAUGACUGGCCAUUUGCUUGUUAAAAGUGAUGUUUAUAGCUACGGAGUUGUACUUCUCGAGUUGCUUACUGGAAGGAAACCUGUAGAUAUGUCACAACCAUCAGGACAGGAGAAUCUGGUCACAUGGGCGAGGCCGAUUUUGAGAGACAAGGAUCGGUUAGAAGAACUUGCUGACCCACAACUUGGAGGAAAGUAUCCGAAGGAAGAUUUUGUGCGGGUGUGUACCAUUGCUGCAGCCUGUGUUGCUCCUGAGGCUGGCCAACGUCCAACUAUGGGUGAAGUUGUACAGUCUCUUAAAAUGGUGCAACGUGUUACAGAAUACCAAGAUUCCAUCGUACCAUCCUCCAAUAACCGAACCAAUCUUAGACAAUCGUCCACAACUUUCGAGUCUGAUGGAUCCUCUUCAAUGUUCUCUUCUGGUCCUUAUUCUGGUUUAAGUGCUUUUGACAAUGACAAUGUAUCUCGGACAGCAAUUUUCUCCGAAGAUCUCCACGAGGGACGAUGAAAGUUUCAAAGAAAAGCAACUUGGAAUCUCACGUUGAUUCGGUAGAAUCCCCUGCCAUCUCUACCCCACCUUUUUCUUUUUUCUUUUUUCCUUUUUUCUUUUUGGUUUGGCAUCAUAUUUAGAGAAGAGGGAGGGUGUAGGUAACGUUGAAAGAAUAUGGUGGUGUAAUCUUUUUGGGGACUUUGUAAUGGUGAAUGGUGGGAGAAUGAAGGGGGUGUUAAAUUUCUUCAGACUUUCUACUGGUCAUUGUGGAGAAGUGCUGUUUCAAUUUUCCCAUUGGCAGUGUUGUUUAUUCUCAUUGUGGUUCAUAGAUUUUGUAAAUAUAUGCUCUUGUAGCCCCUUUUAUGGGGAAUGGCCUUCAAAGGAUUUUUGCUUAUUAUU